AUGGCUGAGCCUCGUUGUGGAAUUCCGGAUGAUGUUCAUCCCGAGGUGAAAAAGAGAAAGAAAAGACAAGCUUCGUAUGGUCGAGGCUGGCGACAGAAGGUCAUCACGUGGCGACCAACCUCCUACUCAAGGAAGUUACCGAUCUACAAACAGUGGAAGACACUGAAAAUAGCAUUCCAGACUUGGGCCCAAGUUAUACCAAGACAUUUCAAGUACACAACAGAAAAUCCGGAUAUUGUCAUAAAGUUUGCAAGGGGUAUCCAUGGUGAUGGUUACUAUAAUGGAUUUGACGGAAGAGGGAUGACUCUGGCGCACGCUUUCCGACCCGGAAAACACCCCAUGUCUGGCGAUACCCACUUCGACGAUGACGAGGACUGGAGUAGGAACGGAACAGGAACCGCCACUAGUCCCGACCUCCUGGCUGUGGCCACUCACGAGUUUGGACACGCCAUUGGACUAGAUCAUUCCGCUGACUACACUAGUAUUAUGUCACCUUUCUUUUCUGCCAGUAGGACAGAACUCACACAAAGCGACAUCAGAGCAGCUCAAACUAUCUAUGGGUCAAAGGUAAUACAUGUUCCGCCACCUCGACGACGCAAUUCUGUUACAAGGACCACAUCAAAUAACCCCGGAUAUAGCACCACACCCAAACCUCGCCAAAGGUACAUAACUAAAAUGCCAACUACCACAACCACAGAUAACCCUAGGCAGAACACUAUACCGCAACGUCGAACCCGGUACAGACCUAGAACAGCGCCCGACAUACCAAAGUCCACACUGAAGAAAUUAUCCCAGUGCCAGGGUGUUGAUGCCAUGUUUAUGGGACAAGACGGUUAUGUCAGCGUCAUAGCAAAUGAAACAUUGUUCCAAGCGGACAGAAGGUCUGGUUCCUACCAGUCCUUUGCUUUGAGAUCAAUCUAUCCUAACGCACCACUUCCGAAAACGAAAUUCUGGGAAUGGAGUUUAUGGAAUGAUGACGUCAUUGGACGUAAGCAGCAUAACAUCAAGCAAUUUUGGAAAGGUGUGCCAAGCUCUCCUGAUGCUGCAGUUACCUGGACUGAUCAGGCCAUCUACUUCGUGAAAAAUAAUAUGUAUUACAAAGUCAGCCAAAGAACAAGAAGACUUUCAAGACGUUAUCCAAAGCGCAUGCCUGCACCGUGGAUGAGAGAUUUAUGUGAAAAUAACUGA